ACAGUGACUAGUUUUCGUAUGACUUCGUUUUAAAAUUGGGAAAUCAUAAAAUAAAACUGGUCUGUUUUGCUUCUAAAGACAAAUGCAAAGAUCUGUUGUGAUGUGUUCUUUCUUAUAUAUUUUCAAGAGUGUUACUAGUCCAUUGUAAUGAAUGACAGGGGUUUUAAAAGUAAUUAACACCCCACCACCAUGGGGUGUGGAGUGAGAAUGCGGUAAUGAAGAAAUUGUGUAAAUAAAUAAAAGAGACUAUGAUGUUUGGCUGUAAAGGGACUUUAAGCUCAUUAAGAGCCCAAAUGCUAUAGUUACAGUAUGUAUGGCUAAAGGAGCAAGAGUAAACCAUGAGAUUUCAUAGAAGGUGUGGUGACAGAGUCACACUUCUAAAUGACAACACUACAGCUGUAAGAAAUUUUGUUGAGUUCAAUCAUGGUUUGAUACUGAGCGCAGAACCCUUGAAGGAUGAUGUUAUGUUUGAAGUGUGUAUUGAUAGAAAGGUCAAUGUGUGGAAUGGAAGCCUUGAAAUUGGAGUUACCACCCUGGACCCGGAGUUCAUGGAACUGCCGGCAACAGCUACAAAAUUGAGGAAUACAGCUUGGAUAAUGUCUGGCAGCUCAAUCGUGAAGGAUGGUGUGACACUUGUUAAUUCCUAUGGCCCCGAACUCGACACACUCAGCGAGGGAGACUGUGUUGGUGUUAUGAAAACAGCCAAGGGGGAGUUAUUGUUUUAUGUGAAUAGUCGAUGCCUUGGGGUGGCAGCUAAGGACCUGCCUAGUAAACUGUUUGCCGUCAUAGAUUUAUAUGGACAGUGUGUUCAAGCUUCUAUCACUCAUGUACAUGGCAUGAGGCCUAUUAUGGAAACGAGUAUAGAUCAGUUGGAAGAGGACCCCAACAAUGAUGACACUUUAACAUCGAGUGACAUGGAUGUUGUGCCCCUACCUCCUGACCUGUUGCAACCUAAGCCGUCUCAAGAUGUUUAUGUCCCGAUCACCUCCGAGGGUGCCUGUGCUCUUGUAGCACAGGAUCGUUUAAGGUUUCACCCAAGAUGUGGGAUACUUGUAAAAUUAUCAGCUAAUAAUAAAUCAGCAGAAAGGGCCAGGCCUUUGGAUGACUACAACAAUGGCGUGGUGAUGACGCACCGACCACUGUAUGACAACGAAUUGUUUGAGAUACGCAUCGACAGGCUCGUCGACAAAUGGAGUGGCAGCAUUGAGGUCGGUGUAACAUCGCACAAUCCGGCAACAAUCAGAUUUCCAUCCACCAUGACGAACAUGGACUCGGGUACGAUCAUGAUGUCGGGCUGCAAGGUGCUCAUGAACGGGCACGGCAUGUGCAUGGAGUAUGGAAACUUCAAUCUUGAUGAACUGAGGGAAGGGGAUACCGUUGGUAUGAUGAGAAAGAGCACUGGCAAACUGCAUUACUUUAUCAACGGCGUGGACCAAGGCAUAGCCACAGAUAAAGUGGAACAACAAGUCUGGGGAGUUGUUGAUCUCUAUGGCAUGACUGUAAAGGUCACUAUAGUGGACCCGUGUGAGGACAUGGACACGACCGUUACCAACGCGCCGGUCGUGCUCGGCGCUCCCGAGCUACCUGCUCCGAGCAGGAUAAGACAAAGAUUAGAUGAAGAUAGCCUUUUAUUUCAUACGCUGCGUGAUUCGAAUGUUAUUAUUAUUAAUGAUGGUAAGACUGCUCAUAGGCCUAAUGCUUUCGAAUACUUCAAUAACGGGAUAGUGAUGACGAAUCGCACACUGAGGACGAACGAAUUGUUUCAAGUGCGUCUCGACUUGGUUAUCCCUAAGUGGGCCGGAAGCAUUGAAAUUGGGGUCACGCAGCAUUCUUCAAACGAUUUAUUAUUUCCAUACAAAAUGAGCAACGCAAAAUCUGGCACUUGGGCAAUGACCGGAGAAGACGUAAUACGAGACGGGACCACCAUCAUACCGCAAUAUGUUAGGAAUCUCAACAGACUCGUGGAGGGGGACACCGUGGGCGUGAUGCGCAAGGACAUGGGCAUACUGCAUUUCUUUGUGAACGGCGUGGACCAGGGGCCCGCGGCCUUCAACAUCCCCGACCAUGUGUUCGGGCUCGUCGACUUGUACGGGCGAGUGGCGCAGGCGACCAUAGUGGAGGCGUACACGCCGCCCGCCCCUUACUCGCCGGAGUCUCCUCUCUCCACUGAGUCAAACGCUACUAUUUAUCCAGAGAUGUGCUUCCAUCGCCUGCACGGCCGCAACGCGCGUUUGUCCCGCAGCCGGCUGACGGCGUCGCGCGCCACCGUCUACUCGGAGUUCAACGACGCCGUGCUGUUCAGCUCGCGGCCGCUGCGCGAGUGUGACAUGUUUGAGCUGCGCAUCGACAAGAUGGUCGACUGCUGGAUCGGCAGCUUGGAGAUCGGUGUAACCGCAAUCCGUCCGGACGAUCUCGAGGCGAACGGCGGCGUCGGCGCCAUAGCGGGCACCGCGACCGACCUCAACUGGGACACGUACAUCCUGAGCGGCGCCGCCAUGAUGAAGGACGGCGAGUGUGUCCGCAGCGGCUACCCGCUCGACCUGGACACCCUCACCGUCGGGAGCAGAGUCGGCAUGAUGUGGCACGCGGACCGCAGCCUGCACUACUACCUGGACGGCAUGGACAUGGGCAAGGCGUGGUACGUGCCGCACCUUAACAUCUACGCCGUCGUCGACCUCUACGGGCAGUGCACCCAGGUUACAAUUCUGCAAAACGAAGAAAGAGCUUUCAAUUACAACGGCUGCACCAAUUCCGAUAACUCGCUACUGAGCAACUCGAGAGCAUUGUCGUCGCCCCCGCCGCCAUAUUGGAGUUUCUCGGAGUACUGCGGCGACAACAUCUGCAUAAUGCACGACUACUCGUUCGCGCGCCGGCUCACGCCCGACCCCACCGCCGCGCUCGUCUUCAGCUCCGCCCACUUGGCUGUCGGCGAGAUAUUCGAGGUGAAGAUCGUGGAGUGCAAGUCGGGGUACGCGGGCAGCUUCCGCAUGGGCGUGACGGACAUCAAUAUCCUCAAUGUUCACGUGAACCGCAGCCUCCCCCCAACCGUCGCUCUACUACCACACUACACUGCCUACAUAGACGGUAAAUACAUGAAGUACUCGCGUCACAACGAGAAGGAGUACUCGCUGCGCUCGUUCGUGCCGUCGUUCGACUGGCUGCGGCCCGGCGAUCGCGUGGGGCUCAAGAAGACCAACGACGGCCGCGUGCUCGUCUACUACAACUCCGAACUGCUCGAGACUGCCUUCGAGAACGUUCCCGAUAAAGUAUACGUGGUGAUGGAAAUAUUCGGUCACGUGACAAAGAUCCAAGCAGUGUCCAAAGGAGCCAACGUGGGGACGGCGCUGCCUCAACACACCAUUCCGAACGACGAGUACGUCAAGCCGCCGUCGCUGAGCGCCGCGGCCAAGAACGCGACCAACGCGAGCGUGGCCCAGUCGGCGCAGAACAACGCUAACAACGAAACUGCAGCACAGGCCCAAGUGGAAGUGACGGAGGACACGAACGAGGAGUCGAGCCACUCGAACGAUGUAGUGUCGUCGAACGUGGAGUUCCUGGCCGACGCGCUGGCCGCCAGCAACGACACGCUGACCGUGCCCACGGAGACGUCCACCCUCACCGUGGUGAGCGCCGACUCGCGCCGCCGCCGGAACCCCCUACCCUACACCUUUCAUUACGUGCACGGGAAGAAUAUCAAGCUCUGUAGCUCAGAUACCGUGGCAAUGCGUACAUCAGGAUACAAAGACGGAAUCGCCAUUGUCAGCCAACCACUUCGCAGGGGUCACAAUUUUAGGUUCCGCGUGGACAAGGUGGGCGGCGACUGGUCGGGCAGCAUCUCGCUGGGCGCGGUGGGCGCGCUGCCCGUCGACACGCUGCCGCACUGCGCCAUGCAUCUCGACCCGCCCAUCUGGGCCGUCACCAGCGACCUGCUGCACGACAACGGCACCUUCAAAAAGACGCAAAUGGCAUCUGCGUUCGACGAGCUGACCGAGCAGUCGGUGCUGACGAUCCACUUCCGCUUCAACAGCGAGCUGGUGGUGGACGUGGACGGCAGCGUCGUGGGCGUGGUGGGCGUCGUGCCGCGCGCCUUCAGCCACGUCUACCCGCUCAUCGAUCUCUACGGCCGCGUGCACCAGGUAUCCGUGCUGCUUCAUCCGACUGUGGUGGCGAGCGGCGCCUCCCUUGACCUACCCAUCAUCGCGGAGAACUUGCGCGAGGAGUCGCUCGCUGAGCUCGAGCUGCUCGACGACGACGAAGACGACGAUAAGAUGCCCAAACUCACUCCCGAAACUCCCGAAAUUCACCCUAAGCGCAAAGCCAAAGCCUACAGUCAUGACAACCUCACAGGGGACUCCUCAGAUCCCCUGUACUCUCAACCCGGCCCCAGCACCCAUCCUGACCCGCCAACGCACAGUCUUCCAAACGAAAACGACGCCAAAAAUAAGCAAAUCAAAUGCAGAAAAAUUUGCACCAACCGCACCGUUCUUCACCAGAGCUUGAUAAUAACGCCCACUCCCAUCGAUAACAACGAGUCCGCAAAUCGAUGCAUACAAAAAAGUCACUCUACGCAUAGUUUUUGUCAACUACCGGAUGAGAAUAAUUUAGAGGUGGACAAUAAGGACACGGUCAGGCUCACGUUCAGCGCCGGGAGCCGUGUGGGCGACGAGCCGGGCGCGCCGGCCGACGAGCGCGCGCAGUGCUGCGACACCAACAUCCGCCACAACGACCGCUACCCGGAGGCCAGUGACGUCGACAGCCUCGACACCGAGAUCAUGGACGCACUAGCGCUCGAGACCGGCAACUUGCCGGACCUCACCGAGGAGCACUCCUCUUCUAUCGACGAAUCUACUCGCCGCGACGACCUGUGGACGGAAUCUCUCUCCCUCGAGAAUCUCAAUUACUUGAAUCGGAUACUUUGUCUGGACCAGCAGAGCUCGGAGGGGCAGAGUCUGGAGGCGGAGUGGGAGGCGCGGGGGGAGAGCUGCGAGCACCUGCACGUGGUGCUGAAGUACUGGCAUUUCCUGGUGUUGCCCUAUCCCGAGUUGCGGCGCGCCGUGUCCAGCGGUCAGCUGCGCUGCUACUGCCGUAACUGCCAGCCGGAUGCCCCAUCACCUUUGGCAGGAUGGGUGCGCAUCGAGCACGCGGAGGGCGGAGGGUCCCGCGCGUACUGGCACGCGGUGCGCGCCGUGCUGGGCUCGGCGCAGGCGUGCGACGGCGCGGGGCCGGCGCGCCGCCCGCGCUCGCUCGCGCCCGCGCCGCGCGCCAACCAUCCCAACCACGAUAUAUGGUUUGAUGAAGAAGGAAAACCUCACCACACAGUUUUGGCUAUAGAAAUUGAUGUAGAAAGUCCAGACGCAACGCGAGACCGCCUAUUAGCGUUCCUGAUAUUUCUGAAAUCUCACUCUGUCCAGCACAACGACGACAACCCGCCGAGCCUCGGUGACUAAGCACGCCGAUCUCCACUCUCUACUCAACAUACAUAUUAUAUAUGCGAUAUUAUACAUUAAUUUUAAGGGGCACAAAAGGUUGUCAUAUAAGUAUUAAAUGAAACUUAACGAGACGUCAGCCGUCUGUAUAUUAGCGAGUAACAUGUGUUAGGUAUAAUGUUAUGGUCAAACUUCUCCAUCUUACAGAUUCACCUGUACACGUGCUUUACUAGUCUUAUUAUUUUAUAAGCACUGUUGUGAUCUCAGUCUACUGACUAAGUUAUCUUUUAUAUUAUUUAUUAUUACGGUGUUUGUAUUAUUCAUAGUUAUUUAAAUAGAAAUUUAAGGACUGAGGUUGCGCUCACACCGUAUAAACGUGUUUAAUGUCAACAAGUAUUUCUGCCUGAACUGCCUACAAGCUGAAGUAUUUUUUAAGAGGGGGCUUAAAGACAGGAUAUUGUAAAAGAACAUAAAAUACGGCGCACCGUGCGAAAUCUAGGACGGGAGAAUAGAUAUGGCCAUUGCGCUGGUUUUUAACGUUUUACCUCAAUAACUCUGAAAAUAUACUUAUGUAUAUUAAUAUAUUUUUCCUAUUUUAUACUUACCUACAGAUAAUUAUGCAUCUGUAUCAAUUCAAUAUAAAAAGUACAUUUGCGUUAGCCCCCUCUUAAAAACGCUUCCGCUAUUAUAAGAUGUACAAGCUUUCAUGAAAGCAAGCCCCUGUUCUAUAAUCAUUGUCCAAUGAAACAUAUUAAUGUGUUACUUUCUUUGCUAUUUCGCUGUAUUAAGUACUGAUCCAUUGUCGAGGCGUGAGGUAUAAACAUGAGCGUAUUACAUAAUAUUAGGUCCUUACCUAUGAAAUUGGCGUUUUUGUUCAUAGAUAUAAGUCUGAUCCUAGUUUUUUUUUUUUACAAAAGUACAUACACAAUUACAAUAAAACUACAGUGCACUCAAUAAACAACGAUUUUACAUACAAUUAAUUGUUAUUUUUUAUUGUUAAGUGUUCAGAAUUAAGCCUUGAAAAUAGGUCUUUUCAUGUGCUGUCGGUUCGAGUAUUAAAAUUACUUAUAUUUUUCUAAUGGUACCAAUUUUCAAGAAAUGGAGAUAUUGAAAACAUACCUUAAAGGUGUCAAAAAUUACUGGAAAAAUUUUGUUUGGUUUGAAUUAGCCAUCAAAAAAAUAUCCGCAAAAUUAAUUGUAUGGAAAUUCGUGUUUCGUUGAAAUUCUCCGAACAAAACGCCAAUUUCAUAGGUAAUGACCUAAUAUGUAAGUACCUAGGUAUAUGACCGAGACUUGAGCUCCUAAGCAGGGUGUGAGCGCAACUGGCCCAUAGUAAGCGGAAUGAGUCAGGCGGGAUGCUGUUUGAUAGACAAGAUUAUUGUAAUGUGAUAUUGAUAAUUUUACGUUGUUAGGGAACUUCCGAUGUGCUGACCUCCUAUGCUGGCUGGCCUUGUCUCACUCCCCUUGUUUCUUGCCUCUUCACACUUUGUGGGGUCAAAUAUACAGUCUCCUCAAAGCCAGUUUCAAGUCAAACAAAAAAGUCACUUUGUGUCGGAAGCUACGCUACAGGUUCGAGUCUUUAACGUAUUCUCAACUUCCACAUUUCUUUGAGAUUAUUAACUAACGUGCUUGCUUUUCUAUGUUGCAUCUUUUGUUAGAACAUGUCUAUAAUACAUAAUAGUAUAAUAUUACUUAAGUUCACUCGAGCUUCACUGCAUUGCAAAAAACACAUGAAUAACCGCAUUUAUUAUGCACCCGAAUUCUCUGGUUGUUUAGUUUCUUGUGCACCUAGGACUGAGAAAUAUAGUAUAAUCAACAACAGUGUGGUAUCAAGCGCGUUGAUCCCAUGAAUGAUUCAAACUUCUUCAUACAAUAAUUGCCUGUAAAAUAUUCAUGUAUAACGUAGAGGUAGCUAUAACUUAAAAAUCUAUUUUUAGAUUGUCAAAUUUUAGCCACUUCAAAUCAAACUGCCGUAAGACGAUUACGGUUUAGGUACGUGUCAUAUAAACCUUCAAGAUAUUUUUGCGACAUCACAUUUACUGUCCUGUGGGCGCAGCACGGUUCCAUUUUUAUCGUCUAUCACUAUGCGCGUCCCUUUCGCACUUACGUACUUGUUAGAACGUGACAGGCAUGGUGACAAGGGAUAAAAACGCGACCGUGCUAAGCCGCCUGGUUAAACUCCGUACGAGGGUCAUUUUAUGAGGCCUACCGGUUUUAUAAAUUAAAAAAGAUUUUGUAGGAUUUCGACACGCCGAUCAUUUUAUUACUACGUAGCUUGGUAAUAUUUGCCAAAAAAUGAGGCUACAAAAGAAAUAACUAAAUAAACAAAAGAUUUCGAUGAAUUGAGGACCUCAUCCUUUUUUAAAGUCGUUUAAAAUUUACAUAAAAAAAGUUCCUUAUCGUUUCCGCAAGGUUUCUUAACCUUUUGACCGCCAAAGACGCCCAAUAUCAUGAAUCUAGUAUUUUAACUGGAUAAGGCAUGAUGGGUGGGGGAAAUGAGCGAACGGGAUAGUAUUAUGUAUCUUUCAAUAGGAGUAGCAGCGAAAGCGCUGUUAUUGUUUGUCCUUGUCACAGUCUCACAUUUUUUUUUAUUCCCCACCUUAAAUUAGUAUGGGCUAUGGUGGGCAACAAAUAAAUUCGACCAAUCACAAUGUCGCAUUGCCUAUGUUUUGUCCCUCACGGAGGCACGCGUAUACCACUUCUAUACGAUCCUACCUUCUAUGGUGCAUUCCGACACGGUUCACGAUGACGCGCCGCACAUGUGACGGGCGUGGCGUUCAUAGGAGUUCAAUUUUCUUUGUAAUGUAAACAUAUCUUUGACGUUGAUUGUACAAGUAUAAUUAUAAAUAUUUUAUUCGGGCCAGGCAAAUUUUAACCUUACAUCUAGUUAUGACGAAGAAAAGCUUCCUCACAUUAUCUUUAUCUUUUAAUAUUAUAUAUUUUUCUAUGUUAUGAAAAACCCAAAAUCGUAUUGUGUUGGAGUCAGUAUUGUUAACGUUUAUUAUAUUCAAAGAUGUUAAAACAAUUGACGUAAGUUAGGGUCGGUACAGUUGGGCUGCAACCCGAAUGCAGCCCGACUGCAACUUGUAUGGGAACUGCACGCAGACGUUGCAGUUGGCGUGCAGCCGGCGUGCAGUUCCCUUACAAAUUUCAGUUGUGUUGCAGUUCGUCUGUAUCGGCCCUUCACUAAUACCGUUUCAAAAUUAAUACCUAUGUAGGACCGGCAUAAUACAUGAAUAUCCGCACUAAAAACAAAGCAAUUACUAAAACAUAAGAAUUUGCAUUUAGAGUAUAUUCACAAUAAGGAACUCGUCAUAAAUAUUAGAAGAGAAGAAUGAGCUUAUAUAAUAAUCCUACAAAAGUAGAUUGCAGCUUAAUUGACUAAUAUACUUUGUAUUUUUCAACAGAAGAAACUACAUUAAACAAACAAACCUACAAUUAUACUUUUGAACGUCGUUAUUGUAUACUUUGGUUGUAAAUAAAUCGAAUUACUUAUACGCAGUGUUUAAAAGAAUGAAUCCAAUCAAAAUGUUUUCACUAGACUCCUAUAAUACGACGGCACGCCGUCUUAAACGUAAGUAGAUGUGAUAAUUAAAAUAUCCUCUUGUGAUAUAUUUUUAUUCACUAAUAUACCAAUAUAUAAAUAAGACUAAUGGAGUAAAGUUAUAGAGAAAAUAAUUUAGUGUUGAGGAAUUAUAUUUGAAAAUGUGGUUAAUCACAAUCAGUGUACCUAUACAUAUAUUACAUAUGCUUUUAGAACUAUCGCUUGCGCAGUGUGUCUGCUUCAGAAUAGCGAAUGUUUGACUGAAUUUUGUCCUCCAACAUUUGAGUUCUGCGUAUACGGAUUUAGUUCUGUAUUUCAAUCUCCCGGCUAUGUAGUGAGCUAUUUGGCAUGUAUAAUUUAUGAACAAAUAAACGAAUCUUACUACCA